AUGGAGCUGAUACUUUUGUUUGUGUUUUUAUGGGCAACUGCUGCGAUAAGUCAUGCCACACUAUUUUUCUGUUAUAAGCGUUUGUUGCUAAUAUCUGCGCUCCUGCUGACCAGAGAAGCUGACGCUCUCCGGGUGAUUGGUGGAAGUGUGACAGUGGUUCAAGAAGGCACCGCUAUCCUACCGUGCCAUGUCACUGAUACCAAUGAUGACCUGACACAGAUUACCUGGCAGAGGAGGACAAGAGAAAAACCUCACAAUGACAAUUUCCUAACUAUCUUGCCCAGAGAGGGGCCGCAGUUUGUCAAUGGAGGUAAUGAUCGAUUUAAAUAUAUCGGGAAUUUUAAUGACAAAAAUGGAACACUCCAGUUUUCCAAUGUUGCCCUGAAGGAUGAAGGCAGCUACACGUGCAUCUUCACCUUGUUUCCCAGUGGAAAUCAGAAGACAGAAAUACCUCUGAACUUGCUUGUGCCUCCUUUCACAAACAUCAAGGACAAUCUUCCCACUUUGGGCAUAGAAGAGGUUUUAUUUGCUACCUGCACGGCUGCUGGCUCGAGGCCUCCCCCAGAGGUGAGGUGGCUCACUGGUGCUUUGGGAGACAAAGUGAGGACGACAACAAACUCCACCCAGUAUGACAACGGUACGACUACCACAGUCAGCUCUGUGUUUGGUGUUCCUACGAGAGAGAUUAACGGUCACCAGGUCCAGUGUGUCAUCAGCAGUGACUCCCUGACUAAAGACGAAACCCUGCCCUUCACCAUACAGAUCUACUUCUCUCCCACAGAAGUCAACAUUAGAGUGAUUACAGAAGAUUCAUUUGAGUGUGUGACAGAAGCCAACCCUAAUGCAAACUUUACCUGGAGCAGAUCUGGCCAGUCUUUGCUGCAGUCUGCUGUUAAAGUAGACGGUGCAAAGCUACAACUGCUGAGCCUGACCUCUGAUCUAAACGGCCUCUAUCAGUGUGAAGCAUCUAACGCAUAUGGAAGUAAACAUGGUCAGCUCUUUGUGCAUUAUCACCUGGCAUCAGGUGAGAUCAGCUUGGAUUUAGCUGUGCAGCUUGUCUGA